AUGGUUGUCUUCAGCAAGGUUACGGCCGUUCUGGCCAGUCUGGCGGUCGUCUCAUCGGCCAUGCCCACCGGCGACGCGGCCAAGGCCUCCCCCAAGGCCAACUUCUCUAUCAAGCAGACGGUUCGGCCGGGAUCAAAGAAGGUCGUCAACUUGCCAGCCAUGUAUGCGGCCUCGAUUGCCAAGUAUGGCGGCAAGGUCCCCCAGAGUGUCAAGGCUGCUGCUGCGGCCGGCACUGCCAUCACCACGCCUACGGAAAAUGACGAGGAGUACUUGACUCCCGUCACCGUUGGUGGCUCCACUCUCAACCUGGACUUUGAUACCGGCUCUGCUGAUCUGUGGGUGUUCUCAUCCCAGCUGCCUUCAUCUGAGACCCAGGGUCACGACAUCUAUCGCCCCAGUCGCAAUGCGCGAAAGCUCUCUGGCUACACCUGGUCCAUCUCCUACGGCGAUGGAAGCACUGCCAGCGGUAACGUCUACAAGGACACCGUCACCGUUGGUGGUGUGACCGCCUCUAGCCAGGCGGUUGAGGCUGCCCAGACCGUCAGCCAGCAGUUUGUUCAAAACGCAGGCAAUGAUGGUCUCCUUGGUUUGGCAUUCAGCUCGAUCAACACCGUUCAGCCGCAGGCCCAAACCACCUUCUUCGAUACCGUGCAAUCCCAGCUGGAUUCGCCUUUGUUCGCGGUUACCCUGAAGCACAACGCUCCCGGUACCUACGACUUCGGUUUCAUCGACAACUCCAAGUACACUGGCCAAUUGGCCUACACCCCGGUCGACAACUCCCAGGGCUUCUGGUCCUUCACUGCCGACUCCUACUCGGCUGGUAGCGCUCAGGGAGGUUCCAUUCAGGGUAUCGCUGACACCGGCACUACUCUUCUGCUCCUUGACGACAGCGUUGUCGACAACUACUACAGCCAAGUCGAGGGUGCGAACUCGGACUCCUCUGCCGGUGGUAUCACCGUCCCUUGUGAUGCACAGCUGCCCGACUUUGUCGUCAGCAUCGCCGGCUACGACGCGGUCGUUCCCGGCUCACUGAUUAACUACGCUCCCCUGUCCGGCAACACCUGCUUCGGUGGUAUCCAGAGCAACUCCGGCAUUGGCUUCUCCAUCUUCGGCGACAUCUUCCUGAAGAGCCAGUACGUCGUUUUCGACGCCAGCGGCCCUCAGCUCGGUUUCGCUGCUCAGGCAUAG